GCCAUUUCUUAUAUAUCUAAUAGAUAUGUAAACACUGAAGAGUGAGAGAUGAGUGGCAUAGGAAAGGUGGUGUGUGUAACAGGAGCAUCAGGCUACAUAGCCUCAUGGCUAGUUAAGCUCUUACUACAGCAGGGAUACACUGUCAAUGCAUCUGUUCGUGAUCCAAAUGAUUCAGAGAAAACAGCUCACUUGGUUGCACUAGAUGGAGCUAAAGAAAGGCUUCAUUUGUUCAAAGCAAAUCUGUUGGAAGAAGGGUCUUUUGACUCUGCUGUCAAUGGAUGUGAUGGGGUAUUUCAUACAGCUUCUCCUGUAAUCGGCUCAAUCAUUGAUCCAAAGGCACAACUGAUUGAUCCAGCAGUGAAGGGAACACUUAAUGUUCUGAGGUCAUGUGCAAAAGUUCCAUCCAUAAAGAGAGUGGUCAUAACUUCUUCCCUUUCUUCUGUUUUUGAGAAUGGAAAACCUCUAACCUCUGAUGUGGUGGUUGAUGAGACAUGGUUUUCUGAUACUGUUCACUGCCAGAAAUUUCAGCACUGGUAUGCGCUUUCGAAAACUCUGGCUGAGGAGGCUGCCUGGAAAUUUGGCAAGGAAAAUGGGAUCGAUUUGGUCACCAUUCAUCCAGGACUUGUUAUUGGUCCUCUCUUACAGCCAACUAUUAAUACAACUACACAGCUUAUUCUGAAUCAAAUCAAUGGAGUUCAACCAGUCCUCAAUAAAGUUUAUCAUUUUGUUGAUGUUAGGGAUGUUGCCAAUGCACAUAUUCAAGCUUUUGAAGUUGCUUCAGCUAGUGGAAGAUACUGUGUUGCUGGGCCUGCUGUACAUAUGUUAGAGUCUUUAAAGAUUUUACAGCAUCUUUACCCUUCUUUAAGCAUCCCUGAGAAAUGUGAAGAUAGUGAACCUCUUAAGCCAAAGUACCAAAUAUCAGAUUUGAAGGCAAAACAUUUGGGAAUUAACUUCAUUCCCUUGGAAGUGAGUUUGAGAGAGACUGUAGAAAGCCUCAGGGAAAAGGGUCAAUUUAGCUUCUAAUAAUAUUGGCCAUUCAAAGCCACUCUUAAUAAAUCAUUUGUACUGUAUAAUUGUACUGGUUUUAAAGCCAUGAGCUUUGUGUGUAAUUUUAAAGAUUUGUGCUUGAUGAAGCAACCAACUUUUCUACACAUUGUUCAUAACAUGUUCAGUUCAACUAA